AAACAUUGACUGUGUCAAAAUCUAGGUUGUCUAUGCUCCCAUGAUCUUUCUCUCGCUCGGUGUUCUCGGCUCGCAUACAGACGAAUGCACAUUCCCAAGGAAAUUAAUCAGCUAAUAACAAAACUAUUCAGUGAAAAAAAUUGUCGCAAUCGGGCGUUCAUGUUUCGUUGUAAAAAAUGAUCGAGUUUACCAUAAAAACCUUGGAUUCAACAAAUCACAACUUCUCAGUGGAAGAUGAGAUCACCGUUCAGCAACUUAAGGAGAAAGUCAGGGAGCAAAUGGGCAUAGACAUAAAUCUACAGCGCCUCAUAUUUUGCGGGAGAGUACUGCAAGACGAAAAAAGAUUAUCAGAUUAUGACGUAAACGGCAAAGUAGUGCACCUCGUGCAGCGCGCGCCGCCGAGCCCCGAGUCGCGCCACUCCGGCUACACCGCCGCGGGCGCAGGCGCCGCCGAGGGCGCUAAUGCUAACGCCAAUCAGACUAGACGGCCUAGCCCACUAGCCAGUAUCAUCAGAGAAGAGCAGGCAUCCACAUCGCCAACGUCAGGCCGCCUCGACUUCAUCCGCCUCAUGGUGUCGGAAAUCAAGACUUCUUUGGCGAGCCUCCAGGCUCAGGCCCAGGCACAGGCCCAAGCUCAGACUGCUAAUGGAGAAACCAGCACAGAAAAUGCGGCUGCGUCGGGUAGCGGCGAGGGCAAUGUUGAAAACAUGGAAACAGAUACCGCACCCAGCGGCGCCCAGGAAGAGGGUGACUCCACACUGGAUGAAGCCGGCGAAGCGCCGCCAGAUUCGGCGGCGCGAGCACAGCACGCCCGUCGCAGAAGCUACCGCGCAAUCCGCGCUCUCCGCGCGCGGCACUCGCGGCCCCGCGACCUCGGGCAGCUCAUGGAGGAGCUGGAGUCGUUGCAGGAGCAGUUCGCGCCGCACCGCGCGCAGUACACGCACCUGCUCAUGGCCGCUAACAGUGCCGAGCCGCCGAUCUACACCGAGGAGGAACGCCAGAACGCGCAGCGAACCGUCGACAUUGUGUCCGACAUUAUGCACAGCUUCGCUCACGCGUACCACGCCGUCAGCGACAUCAACUUCCAGGUCGGCCAGCGGAACCCGCGCCUCACCUCCGAGGCGUCCGUUAUGCGACACCCGCUACCCAUGCAGCAGGCGCACAUUAACGUGGUUCAGUCUAACCGCCGCCAGCCGGGGCAGAACGGCACCGUUCCGACGGCCGGCGCCGGCGUAGGCGCGGGCAACGCCGCCACCGGUCAAGCCGCACCCGCUACUACCGCCACUGCCACCAGCGCCACAAGCGUCACGAGCGCCACCGUCACCAGCGGCUCGGCCACAGCCACCGCCACCAGCGCUAGCGCCGCGACCCCCGCGCCCACCGCCACCGUCACUGGCAACCCGACUGACGCUCAGCCAACCGCUGAACCAAACGCACCAGGCAGAAACUCCACUCAGCCUACCGUCAACAUAAACAUACAACCUGAUCCCAUCACGUACCAAGUGGAAAUCGAGACCAGGGUGCCGAUAGCGUUCGCUCUAGAGAAUGCCUUGUUAAACGGGCUGACUGGCGCACACGGGCAAGUGCCUGCCAGUGGCGUCCCGCCGGCCCAGCCCAACCAGCCGCAACAACCGCAGGACGGCCAGCCCAACCAGACAAGCCAGGGCAAUCAGCCACAACAACCUAGGCGUCAAGUGCUCUUUGAUUUUGAGAAUUUGUUCCGUGGCCUAGGCCAGAACGGCGGUCUGGGAGGUGUGGAGGUGGUAAUGAGUAUGGAGGAGAUCCCCAACGGUCAGAUAGUGGGGUCGGUGCCCUCGGCGCCGGCGGCGGGCGGCGCGGGCGCGCGCACAGAGCCCGCGCUGCACGGCAUCGGCGUGCAGCAAGCAGACGGCGGAGGUAAUACUCCUCACAUCUUCGGAGCUGACAUCUACCUAGGCGGUAUGCCGUGGGGCGGUGCCCCGAGCGCGGACCUGCUGCAGAACAUCGUGUCGUCGGUGAUCCGACAAGGCCUGCUGCCGGGCGGCGAGGCCGUCGCGCUGCAGGUGGCGCACGCCAUGCCCAACGCCGCGCCCGACCAGCCGCAGCCGCAGAACGGACACACUCCGAGCAGACACGCCAACCUGCACCUCCGCCGCGCCACGACCACGACCCGCGCGCACGCCGUCACCCUCAACAACUUCAUCUACGACAGGUUCCUGCUGUGCGUCAGCCCGCACGCCCGCCGGCGCCUACUUAGACGCAGGGAGCAGCAGCAGCACCAGGCGGCCGCGCACGCGCGCGCCCGAGCCGACCGCGCCGCCGCGCAGAACAUUGAGGUCCUACGCGAAAGAAACCCCAACUUCACACAGAACCACAUUCAGACCAUGGUAGACUUGCUGAGCAGCGAGCCUGGGCGCGCUUCGUUUACAAACGCCUUCUUCGUGGCCGUUGCCCGCCACCUGUUCCUCACGGAGCCGAUGCAGAUCGUGUCGGGCGAGUCGGCGCUGGUGCCCAACGAGUUCCAGGCGCUGCGCCAGAUGCUGCGCGUGUACCUGCAAGAGCUGCUGGUGCGCUCCGGCGGCGUGCACAGCGACCACACCUUCGAGACCGUCGCCGGCUUCCUUGUCGAGGAGCAGCAGGACUUCCUCUCAAGAGUGGAAACCAUUGUCCCGCUGCGUUCCGAGUUCAACUUCGGAGCGUCGAUGCGCGCGCUAAUCGCCUCGCGGCUGCCGGCGAUCGUGGCGUCGGUCAUGUCCGAUUCCGCCACGGAGGCGUUCGUGGCGCGCUUCUACGCCAUGUUCUCGCAUCUCUUCACCGAUAUGUGCACGCUCAUGGCGUACUGUUGCCGCGACGGUGUGGACGGACUGCGCACGCUGUUUAGAGCUUUCCUGGAAGAGAAAGUACGUGAUUGGGGCAGCGAAGACGUCCAACAAGUGCUAAUCACACUUGGCAUGGAGAACCUCGGCGUUGUGAUUAACAGCCUGAACGCCAUCACACCGGUCGACCCCAUACAGCAGUUCGUUAUACGACGUGCGCCCGCUGCUGCCGCAGCGGCGCCUCAAGAGCCGAGCCCGAUGGACGUGUCCCCUCCGGCGUCCGAGGCGUGCCCUAACCCCGCCGCGCCCGCGGCGCCGGCGACCCCGGUGCCCACAAACGCCUCCGACGUCUCGAGCACCACGACGGAUGCCAGCGAGGCCCGCGCCUCCCGCCCGCUCUCUAGCAGCGAGGCGGCACCGGCCACUGAGCCACAGCCUUCGCGCUCUACACCUAGCCAGAGUUCAAGAGCGAGCCGACCGGAGCGUGAGUCUGCCCCUCAAAGGACAUCUCCCGACUCACAGUCUAACAACCUAAACUUCGUACCGCCAAUGAUGUUGCUACAGCACUGGGGCGAAGAAUGGGUGCCGGUGUUCACUCGCGACCAACACAACAUGAACGCGGCCCAGGAGCCGUACAGCGACGCCUACCUCUCGGGCAUGCCGAGCCGCAAGCGGCGCUGCGUGCGCCAGUCGCGGCCCCCACACACGCUCGAGUCAUUCAUCAACGAGAGCGUACGCGAGGCGAGCUCGCGGCCUGCGCCGGUGGACAGCGAAGCGGUGCGGCGCGCGUUCCGCGAGCACAUGCGCACGAUGGCCCGCAGCCGCGCCUCCAGCUCCGAGGACUACGACCCCCUGCGGUACGCGUCCGCGGCACGCUUCCUCAACUCUGCCGACACAAAUAAAGACCCGAGCAAAAAAAGCGAGGACAAAUCUUAAAUGUACUCUCCGUGCACUCCUUGCAGUCUACGCCUGCCUCGUGGUUACAAUAUUAAGUUAAACAUUUUGUUGUUACGCUGUAUGCGAGUGUUGUUUUAGUUUGACUGACUGCAUUUUAGCAUUCUAAAUUUUGACACGACCACUUAAAUGAGUUCCAAAAUUCAGGAGCUAUCUUAUGUCUAAAAGGUUACUGGAUAUACUUACAUGCUUUUGCAUACUAUGAUUGACUUGGUAAUUUUAAAUAUACUCAAAUAAUUUAAGUUGAUAGUAAUGUCAGACAAGCCGCACACCGGUGUAUUUCGACCCUUGAGAAAAUACAAGUUUAAUUUACAUCUGCGACUUAUUUAUUCGAAUUCACUGCAAUAUACAAUAAAUAGUUUAAACUAUUUAUCGUAAGGUCGUGUAAACGUUAUGUUUAAGGAUAGAGGCAAUUUGAAAUAUAUUUGUUAUAAAAUAAUAAAAUUUAAAGGAUUGUCCAUCUAUCCACUGUUUCAUUAAACUAGCUUUAAACAAGAUUUAACUGUCACAGUUUGUAGUUGAAUGUAAGUUGUAGAGCAAUCAAUACUAGAGGUAUUGUUUUUGAAGUUUCGUCAUUUUUGUCAAGUUUUAGUUUUAAUUUAUUGUUUAUACUCUUUUUUUAAUCUCUGUUAUCUUUGGGGUAUGGUUAAGUACAAUUUAAAGCCAGUUGCACCAACCACAUUUGACAGACUGCUCAACAUCACUCAGCAGAGAACUAUGACAAUUCCCAUACAGAGUUUAAUAAAGCACGACGUAUAGCUUAUGGACGCUAAAGUUUUUUUUACCUUUGAGGCAUGGGGUUCUAGAGUUAGACCAAGAAAAGUUUGGAACGAUUUUGAUAGCACACGCAGUGCAAGUGUUGUUUUGAACGUCAAACUUCUAUGAAAUUAUGACGUAUAAAUAACACUUGCACUACGUGUGCUAUUAAAAUCGUUGUAGACUUGUCUUGGCCUAACUCUAAAACUCUAGUUAGUCAGGUCAUAAGUUCUGUCACAAAGGUUUUGGCUGAUAGAAUGUAAUAAUAAAAUAGAUCCAUAUUUGAAAGCUUGUUUUCAACAUAGGUAUCAAAACGUAAUAUAAUUUGUUUUAUGUUUGGGUCGCGAUUUUAAUUAGGUAUAAUUCAUUUACUUUAGGAUUGUCGUCAAAAGCGAAUACGCGGCUGGAUUGUGAUAAAUAAAAUUAUACUUUACAAAAGGGAGUUAAAAUCAGUGUCACGUAGUUAUUUAUACGUCAUAGUAUCAUACAAGUUAGACGUUUAAAAUAACACUUGCACUGUGUGUGCUAUCAAAAUCGUUGCAGACUUCUCUUGGUCUAACUCUAGCAUAUUUUUUGACGAUUUUUUAUGACCUUUUCCGAAUAUUACCUAUAAUUAUGUAAAACUGCAGCAGCCAUUUACGUUAAAUUAUACUGUAAAUUAAAUAAAUGUCAAGGAUUUUGUACCCUUAGAUGUGACAGAACUUAUGACCUAAGUAUUUUAGCUUAAAGGAAUACGUCUGGUAUUAAUUUUUUUAACUGAGGUUAUUAUUUUUAAUAAAUCCAACUUGUGUACGAAAUACGAAACCUAAUGGAUGUUAUAUACAACUUUUUAAAAUAUU